AAGGAACGCCUGGUAAAUUACACAUUUAUCGUCAUAAGAUUAAAAUACCACAAAUGUGGGAUGUAUCCCUUGAGUAAAUUCGGUUUUCAUUUUUCAUUUCAGGAACAUCACUAGAGAUUUAUAUCAGGGGGGUUAGUCUUUAGUAGGGGGUCUUAUUUCAAUGAAAAUGGAUGAGAACACACUGUUUAAACUAGUGUGCAUUUAUUUGGAGGGUUUAAAGAACUUUUUCUUUUUUGGGGAGGGGAGGCUAAAGCCCUGCUUUCAUUUAUUGUUUUCCAUUACCUCCCACUUAUCCCGAUUGGCCUGCCUGUAAAUGAGGUUCCCGUUCACUGCUCCAGACCCUAGGCACUGCCAUCGCCUCCAGGAUUCAGACUGACGGCUACACAUUCCCAGGAGCGAUAGCGGCCCGCGUUGCGUCAAAGGAAAGCGCUGCCCCUUUAAAUCUAUCUCCUCUCUCGCCGAACUUCGACCGCUACGUGGUGACGUCAUAGAGCGGCGUCUCAGGGAAAAAAAAAAAAAAAAAAGGCUACAGACAGGGGGGAUGUAACAGCGAGAUUACAGGGACCCCGAGCGUAGAGCUGCGCUAAGGUAGACACGGUAAAAGUGUCAAAGCUGCCAGAUAAACGUGAGGAGCUACACGGGGACGUACGCAAGGCGAGCGAUCGCAUCGAGCGACCGGGGAAAUCCAGUUAAUUGCAUUGCCACGGGAUCCAAGUAUGGAAUUGACAGAUGUCGCACAGGAAAAAGAGGCACCGCCCCCCGAGAUUGAGACGCAGCACGUCCAUUGCAUGGGCUGCGUGAGCAGGCGGUGCAUGGUGAGGCCGGAGGCAGGCAAGGCCUGCGCGCUGAUGGGCUGCGCACUGGUCUGCGGGGCCGUGUUCCACACGUGCAAAGCGGGCGAGCACCGGCUGCUGUGCCCGCAGGAGCGUGUGCCAUGUCUGAACAGCGGCUUCGGCUGCCCCUUCACGGUGGCGCGGAACAAAAUCGCCGAGCACCUGGAGGUCUGCCCGGCCAGCGUGGUCUGCUGCACCAUGGAGUGGAAUCGGUGGCCCGUCAGCUACGCGGACCGCACGUCUUACGAGAGCCUGAGCAAAGACGUGGAUGAGGUGGAGCAGCUGGACAUGGCGCUGGCCCUGCAGGACCAGCGGAUGCUUUUAGAGUCCCUCAAGGUGGUGUUGGCGAUGUCGAGGCUUGCCGAGAAACGGCCAAGCGUGAGCGAGAAGGUGCCGCUGGCAUCGAGGCUGGCGAGGGAGAAAAUCGCCAACGGGAUCAACGGCCUGGACGAGGAGUCGUAUAGCAAACUCUACCAAGCCACGGCGGAGACCAGCAGAAGUUUGGUGGCUGCCUUGGGUAUCCUCAACAGUGCCACCAAGGACAUGGGCCCGAUGAGUGGGGCUGUAACCGACAGGGAUGCUGAAAGUAAUGGGGAAUUCCAUGGUGAAGCAGAAGAUGAAGCACUGCAUGUGGAGAAAGUCAAGGUGAUGGACAGUGGUGGCCAAGAGCUUGACUGUAAGGUGGGGGCAGUGGGGGCAGUGGGGGCGGUGGGGGGGAGGGACCACUCACCCGAAGACAUGGGGGAUGAGAAGAUGUGGAUGGAGCAAAAUGAAGUGUUUGAACUCUUAGAAGUCAUGAAGGAGAAGAUUACGAAGGGUAUAAUCAUGAAGGACAAGGAAGAGCCCCUGUGCAAUGGCUUCUACAGCAGUGGUGCUCAGAAUGAGCUGGACCUGGAUGAGAUGGAAUUAAGGGCAGGGGAGCUUGGAUAUACAGAUGCCAAUAGGUAUCGGGAUUCGGAACGGCCCGAUGGGACGUCAGAGGUGCCGGAGGAUUCUAUAGCCAUGGAAACCCAGGAGCCCCCCAGAGCCCAACCUCCGCCACUUCCGCUGCCAAUUCCACUUCCUGGUGAUGAGAAUGAGGAGCACUCAGCAGUGGAGUUUGAGGAGAAGUGGUUUGGGCAAAAGCUGCAGAAUCUCCAGGCACUGAGAGGGAUGGGCAUGCUUGCCUUCAGUGGUCAAAGGGAUACGUUCACUGACCCAUUCCCAAUUCAAGCCAAAUUGGAGGACAAAGCAGUGGAUACGUUUGACCUGGAGGGAGACUCUCCUGGAGGCCAGGGUAUCUGUGAUAGCAGAUUCGCCGAUGGCUACAGCGUGGAAAUUGGCACCCAGACCUUCUCCUUUCCAUCCGCCAUACUGGCAACCAGCACCAUGGUGGGAGACAUCGCGUCGGCAUCUGCCUGCGACCACGCCAAUCCCCAGCUGACCAACCCCAGUCCAUUCCACCCUCUGAGGCUCGACUUGGUUCUGGAGUGUGUGGCGCGGGACCAGACCAAGCAGCGCUCCAUGUUUACCUUUGUGUGCGGGCAGCUCUUCAAAAGGGACGAGUUCGCCUCCCACUUCAAGAACGUCCACGGGGAUAUCCACGCAGGGCUAAACGGCUGGAUGGAGCGGCGCUGCCCGCUCGCCUACUACGGCUGCACGUUCUCCCAGCGUCGGUUCUGCCCCUCCACGCAGGGAUCCAAGAUCGUCCACGACCGGCACUUGCGGUCCUUCGGGGUGCAGCCUAGCCCCGUCCCUCGGGUGGAGCCGGCGCCCGGAGACGGUGGCGACCGGCUGAGCGGCCUGCCUUUCGAGGUACUGCAGCACGUCGCCAGCUUCCUGGACGGCUUCGGCCUGUGCCAGCUGUCCCGGGUGUCACGAACGAUGAGGGACCUCUGUGCCAGCCUGCUGCAGACACGCGGCAUGGUGGUGCUGCUCUGGGAGAAGCGGCCGCUGGGCAAUGCCGGGUGCCCGUCAUGGCAGAUCAAAGACAAGGUGUGGCGCUUCAGCACGUCCUUCAGCACCGUGAAGGACUGGAAGUUCGCCGACAUCGCCAGCAUGGCCGACCACCUGAAGGAGUGCCGCUUCAACACGGUGGAGCGGCGCGAGGAGGCCGUCCCCCUGCCUUGCAUGUGCUUCACCCGGGAGCUCACCAAGGAGGGCCGCUCGCUUCGCUCCGUCCUCAAGCCAGUAUCAUACUUUAAAUAAUCUAUCACUGUGUAAAUAAAUAUUUUGCUGUUAAAUUUAUUUUUUAUAUUAAAAAAUCAGUACUGUGUAGCAAUGAAGUCAGAAGGAGGAGCCUUAAUGUAAGAAAUAACACUUGGAUUUUCUGGGCAUAGUGGGGAAUCCGCAGCCCCCUCACUUGGUCCCUGUCCCCAGGAUCGACACCAGUGUCAUGUCAUUAUCUCGCAUGGCUUGCUUUGUUAAAAAGUGCCCUUGUUUUGGGUCACUCCAGUGAUGUUCAGAGGACCGUGGGCACUUUCCCGAAGCAGGACGCUUGAGGAUUUUUCGUCUUUCCCAAGUCUGACCAAACCAAAAAUCACAAUCUGCUUGUGGAUGAGCGUGUAAUUCCGCCGGCGCGUGCCUGCCACAGCGUGUCGCCUUGUGUACGGCUCAGAGGACAGAUGAAUCAGAACGUUGUCUCAAGCUUGAAUUUUUUUAAAGUCUGCGUUGGCCUUUUCUCUCUGUAAAAUCCAGCAUCGCAGGACAAAUCGGAUGGGACGUUCUCAAACUCGGUCUGCUCCCGUGUUUUUGUUUUAUAUCUUGCGUUUCAUCUUUUUCUAGUGCAUCUGGUUUGCGUGUUAAGCAAUAAAUAAACAUUUAUUAUAAAGAUCACCAAGCACUUUACUGACUGUAACGUUUACUUUAAGUUUUAUAGUGCACAUUUGUCAGACACUAAGGACGGCCGUAGUGUAUUUAGAGAUAUGUACUCUAAAGUUGCUUUGUUCAUUGUUUCAUACAGCAAUAGUGGUUUUGACACAACUCAACAUGCAAAUUGUAUCCACAAUACAUACUUCAAGCAAACAGCAUUCUGUGCUAAUGGGAUGAAAAUCAUGAAAUGAUUGAAGGGUACUUAGAUUCUAACUGAAAUUCGUACGCUCAAAAUUACACCUUUGUUAUGAGAAAGCAAAGUCUUAUGGGAGUUUAGUCAGGGUCCUCUACUUGUGCCUUGUUACCAUAGACAACAGCACGCUGGCUAAACCAAGACCGGCAUGAUCUCCACUUGGGGUGAUCCCAGAUGUGACAGGAGGGCCUCCUGAAAGACAGGAGUGUCGUGUGUGUGACGGCAUCUAGAGAUUCGUCACUUGCAGGCCAAUGCAUUGGAGGAUAUAACUCAAAACAAAGGCUGCUAGUAGCAAAUGGAUACAUUUCUGUUUGCUCAAAGUCUUCCCCUCACCGUGGUAACAGAGAAAAAGAGACAUUGAACAAUUAUCCCAUCUUUCUUCUUGUGGUCUCGCAUUGAUGCAUGGAAUUUCACUGCUGUUGAAUUAAAGAAUCAUAUUCAACCUCUCA